CCGGCGGCCGCCCCCCCCCGGGGCUCUCUCUCUCUGUCUACUUCAAAUGGAGUCCGCAUUGUCCGUAACGACGACGAGGAGGGUAGCUCUCUUCACCGUCUCCAAAGCGCAAAGCCGCCGUCGCCUUUGCGGGGCUCCUCUGAGUCAGUGUCUUCCGAGUCAAGACCUGACUCGCCAACUCAGGUGCAGUCGCGGUUUCCUUUCGUCGAGCCUGUGGGCCUCGGUGGCGGUGCCUCUUGUACGAAGCCGUCCUGAGUGCGUGUCGAGCUCCGCUUCUUCCUUCGCUUCUGGUGGCGGGAAUGGUGGCACGUUUGGUGGAGAGAACGGAGGCGGCGGAGGCGGCGAGAAUGGAUCCGACGGUGGGGAUGCUAAGAGUAACUUGGUUUCUGGGGGAUCUGAAGAGGUCUUGGCGCUUUCGACUGAUGUGAUUAUACUGGACGUUGGAGGGAUGACAUGUGGGGGAUGUGCAGCUAGUGUGAAAAGAAUUCUAGAAAGUCAACCACAAGUGUCAUCUGCUAGUGUGAACCUGGUAACAGAGACAGCUAUAGUAUGGCCUGUAUCUGAAGCCAAGGUCACACAGAACUGGCAACAACAGUUAGGAGAGGCACUAGCAAAUCAUUUGACCAGCUGUGGUUUUAAGUCUAACCUUCGAGUGGCAGGUCAAGGAGCCAUUGAAGGAGAAAUUUCAGCUUGAAAUGCAAAUGAUUUGUUGUAAGGAGCAACCAUAAUUGGUGAGUCUCAUCAGCUACAUAUGGUGGAUUGGUCGGACAGCCAUUUCUAUUACUGGAGAGACCAUUCAUUGUGGAGAAUUUGCUCUUGCUCAAUCCGAGCUUAGCAGUUAUAUCAGAAAACUAAGGACUUUCUUAUAAGCUGUAUUUAAUGUUAAUGAUAGUUGAGAACUACGCAUUGUGUAUAAAUUUGGGAAUAGUUGUUACCUAUGAGAAAAAGGGGGAAUUGGUGUUAUAUGGAUAUUCUUUCCACAAUUAAGGAGCCUUAAACAGCUUUCAUUUGUCCUAAGGUUCUAUACCGCGCUUGUUCUUGCAUGGGCUUGUUUUAAAGAAUUGGUUGUCUAACCAGAAGUCAUAGUGGCUUUGAAUUUAAGCAUCUUAGUGCUUGUUA